UAUUAUAUAAAUGCUAAUUAUAUAAGUGAUGUAAAAAAUGAUGAAAGGAAAUAUAUUGCUACUCAAGGUCCUGUAAAGUAAUCAGUUAAAGAUUUUUGGCAUAUGAUUUGGACCAAUAAUGUGGGUGUAAUAAUAAUGUUAUGCAAAUUAUUUGAUAGAUAAAGAGUAUAUAGCAAGCUAUUUACUUUAGAUUUAAUGUGAGAAAUAUUGGCCAUCUGAUUAGGUAAAUUAUGGUUCUUAUUAAAUUGUGUAAAUUAAAAGCUAAGAAUAAUAAUAUAAGGAAGUAUAUGAGAGUAAACUGAUAAUGUAAUUUUAAUAGAAGUAGCAUUAAUUAAAUCAUUAUUAAUGGUGUGAUUGGCCAGAUUUUGGUAUAGUAGGAGAGGAUUCAUAUAAAAUUCUAGAUUGGUUGGCUGGAAUAGCAAAUGAAGGAGCAAAAUUAAAUAAAAUGCCAGUGAUUCAUUGUAGUGCAGGAGUGGGAAGGACAGGAACAUUUUUAGCAAUUUGUCAUAUAAAAGAGUUACUAGUUAGAAAUGAUGCAUAAAUAUCAAUUUUUAGUAUUGUGAGAAGAUUGAGAGAAUAAAGACCACUUUUAAUUUAAUCAUCAAAAUAAUAUUAAAUGGUUUAUAAUUAUACAAUAUGGUUGAUGAAGAAUUUGAAAUAUAUAUGA